AUGGCCACAGACAACAGAGAAGCCACUGGAAUUGCUUCUUUUAAAAACACCUUCAUCUUGGUUGUCUUUGGCACAGAGUGCAUGACUGGUGUCCUUGGAAGUGGCUUCAUCAUGGCUGUUUAUGGGGCUAAGUGGAUCAGGGAAAAAAGACUCCCCACUGGUGACAGCCUUAUGUUGAUGCUGAGUUCUUCCAGGCUUGCACUACAGAUUUGGCUGAUGGUGACUAUUAUUUAUAGUUACUUAUUCCCAGUCAUUUAUUACCAAAAUUUACUAUAUAAACUCUUCACAAUCAUGCUUUUGUUUCUGAACUAUUCCAACCUCUGGUUUGCUGCCUGGCUCAAUGUCUUCUACUGUCUUAAAAUUGCCAACUUUGCUCAGCCUUUGUUCUUGAUGAUGAAGAAGAAGAUUUCAGUGUGGAUACCUUGGCUUAUGAGUUUGUCAUUGUUGGUUUCCUUCAGCAUGAGUUUUCUCUUCUUUAAAGACACCUUCAAUAUUUAUGCGAAUGGUUCCUUCCCUGUCCCUAACUCCAACUCCACUGAGAAGAAGUACAUCGUUGAGAUCAAUGUGGUCAACCUGAGUUUUUUCUAUUACAUGGGGAUCCUUAUUCCCCUGACCCUGUUCAUCAUGGCAGCCACUCUGCUGAUUGUCUCUCUCAAGAGACACACCAUGCACAUGGAAAGCAAUGCCACAGGCUCCAGGGAUCCCAGCAUGGAGGCUCACUUGGAGGUCAUCAAAUCCACUAGCUAUUUUCUCAUUCUCUACAUCACCAAUGCAAUUACUCUAUUUAUAUUCAUGUCCAACACCUCUGAAAUACACACUCUCUCGAGUAUUUUGUGCAGAUUUAUCAUGGGUGCCUACCCAGCUAGCCACUCAGUGCAACUGAUCUUGUGUAACCCUGGGCUGAGAAGAGCCUGGAAGCGGUUUCAGCAUAGAGUUCAGCAUUACCUUAGAGGACAAACUCAUUGA